CCGAUUUUGAUAAAAAUAAAUAUUAAUGAAGCGACAAUCCCGAAAGACGCCUACUUUGAUGAAAAUUUGUAUAACAGUGUUGUUUUUGUGGCAAAUAGAACAAACUAACUUGAUUGCUGAAUUGGUCAACAUAAAACAUAUAUAAAAAGGAGUUCAACAAACAAAUAGCGAACAGCAGAAAGGACUUUACAGAAAAAGAGAAACAGCAGGGGAGAAAGGGCAGAUGCAAGGGAAGUCGGAUCAAGCUAAAUUUGUACGUUCAACAUUAAGACUUAUCAAAGGUACUCAUUACCAAACUCUAAUGCAGCCUCGAUAUGCCAUCAAACUUUUCCUUUGUGCAUACAUGUGUCAAAUAUGUACUGCACACCAAUGUGGUAAUAACCCAAUGAUGGUGGCAAAACAGAAAUUUGAAUUACAUGGACUGGACUUUGAAAAUGAAGUUAAACAUUUACCUUCCGACCACAAAAAAUAUCUAACAUCAGAAUGGAAAAAAUAUCUUGAGUGCAUAAGCAGUGUGGAAACAGGAUACUUUAAACGUAAACGCAAUUAUGAUGAUUUGCCAGAAUCGUUCGAGUCGUUGCGAUCUAAGAGUUUUGAAGACACCGACAGCUCACUGCAGUCCGGUCGGUUACAUCAGGCAGAAAAUCAGUUAUUUGAUCAAUAUGACGAGGCCUUUAAACAGCUUCUGAGAUCAGAUGCCCAAUCUCGACAAUAUAAUAGAGAUAACAUCAAUGUGAUGUCAGAAUUAAGUAGAAAUACUUUAGACAGUCAAAUAGAAACAAAUGAUGAUAUUUCGUUACUGGUAAAAAGACUUCUGCGAUAUAAAUUACCGAAAAGGAUCCACGUUUUGAACGAAGAGGACUUUUUAGACGUAUAACACCACGAAAAUAGACAAAUUAAUGAAAACUAGAGGCAAUCAUUUCUUAUACUCAUUCAUUUUAAUGGGAGAAAAAGUUUUGAUUAAAUGUGCUUUAUUUAAUAAAUUAUAGACUUAUUUUUUUCCAUUUAUUUAUUGUUGUUGAAAUUAUUUCGUACAUAUUUUAUUCUAUUUUAAUGGAUGUGUCACGUUGGAUCGCUAUGUUAUGCCAGCAUGUUUUUGUAUGAGUAAUAAUAAUUCAAAUGAUAUUAGCUUUUCCUGUCUGUAAGAAAUGUGUCUUAUAUGUAUAGCAUACUCGAACAUAUUCACGCCGAUAAGGAACAGUUAAGCUCGCGAGAGAUUAUUCUUUUAUUCUUAAUUAUCAUAAUCAAAAUUUUUGUCAGAUAAUAAAGAUCGAAAACUGCUGUGUAUAUUCUUUUGACUCCCUGUCAUUCUAACACAUCUGUUACAUGGUAUAAUUACUUUUCAUACUGAUGUUGUUUUUAUGUUAUUAAUAUU